AUGGCGGAGAAAAUGGGAGCAUGCACGAACAGAACAGGGCAUAGUUUGGGUCACAUUCUUCGACAUAUAGACCAACUUCUCAAAAGACCAGGCUGCUCAUCGAUUGCUUAUGGAGCUUCCGAGGAAAUUGGACCGUUCCGUAUCAACAAAACCGGUUCCAAUCUCUAUCUCAACAAGUUCUCUUGGAACAAAGAUGCAAACCUCCUGUUUUUGGAAUCACCGGCUGGUGUUGGAUUCUCUUACACGAACACAAGCUCCGAUCUUAAAGAUUCCGGAGACGAACGAACAGCUCAAGACAAUUUGAUAUUUCUUAUCAAAUGGUUAUCGAGAUUUCCUCAAUACAAAUACAGAGACUUCUACAUCGCUGGUGAAAGUUACGCCGGUCACUAUGUUCCUCAGCUUGCCAAAAAGAUCCAUGACUACAACAAAGCUUUCUCAAAACCCAUCCUCAAUCUCAAAGGAUUCAUGGUGGGAAACGCAGUGACGGACAAUGAGUACGACAGCAUAGGAACCGUAGCUUACUGGUGGACCCACGCAAUUAUUUCCGACCAAACCUACAAGUCAAUUCUCAAGCACUGCAAUUUCACCGUUGAGAAAGUUUCCGACGACUGCGACACCGCCGUUAACUACGCCAUGAACCACGAGUUCGGUGACAUUGACCAGUACAGCAUUUACACCCCAACGUGCGUGGCAUCAAAACAGAAGAAGACUGGUUUCUUUAUACGGAUGAAGAACACACUCUUGCGUAGACGGUUCGUGUCUGGUUACGAUCCUUGUACGGAGAGUUACGCAGAGAAGUAUUACAACCGUCGUGAUGUUCAGAGAGCUAUGCACGCUAACGUCACUGGGAUUCGCUAUAAAUGGACAGCUUGCAGUGAUGUUCUGAUCAAGAACUGGAGAGAUUCUGACAAGACGAUGCUGCCUGUAUACAAGGAACUUGCAGCGGCUGGUUUGAGGAUCUGGGUUUUUAGAGGGGCGGGUCACGAGGUGCCUCUGUUCGAACCGAAGCGUGCUCUCAUUCUUUUCAGAUCGUUCUUGGCUGGAAAAGAGCUUCCAGGAUCUUAUUAG